AUGCCAGCCGGCACUACGAAAGUGCUAGAGUUAUCUCACCUCGAUCAGCAGCCUCAUAUCCGCGUAUACGGCCGCUACUAUAUCAUCUUCCCGUUUCCGGACAUACGUUGCGCGCACGCAGCCAAAGAGGCGCUACACACCGGCUUCAAGGAAGUCCUGCGACGAUUUCCAUAUCUUGCUGGCACGGUAGACAUUCCCGAUCCCUCUACCGAACGUCUCCGAGUACGCUACCCCGACCCCAUCGAUCUCGAAGCGGAAGCCCGUCGCGUUUUUACGGUUAGCUACGACGACACACGACAUGACUACGAUUCGCUUGCGAAAGAUGCGUUUGCACCCGGAGAACUGCCCGCUACUAUAUUUUGCCCAAAUGAGUUAAAACACCACACUGGAUUGGGCAAUGAUCCGUACGCUGAAAGGAUGACUUCUUUACACAAUGGUCCUAUAUCUGCUUUUGCUGCACAGGCUACAUUCAUUCCUGGAGGUUUGGUGCUGAGCGCCUGGUUCUAUCAUGCUGUUCUCGACGGGACGGGAAAUGCAAGGAUCCAAAAGAUAUGGUCUGAUGCAGUACGAGCUCUCCGUCUUGAGAAGAGCAAAAUAUCGCCUAGGGCCGCUAAAUUCUACCGAGCACCAAGCUACAGAGAUCAGCUCCAACCACUCCAGGCGAUUGUCAAACAAUGGAACAACAUUCCAGACCCUUCAUCAGCACGAAGCGCGCUCGCAACGCUGGUCCAAGAAGCCAACGUCGUAGACAAGUCCGCAGAUGGUUCAGCGAACUCACUUGCAAGGCGCCAUGAACUGCGUAUAGGACCGGACGAAGAACCAAACAAAGCAGUUACGGAGAUGUUUCGCUUCUCAUCGCCAGCUAUCAACAAGCUUCGCAACGAGCUAUCUACCAAAACCAAAAGACGAAUAUCUCUUUUCACCGCACUGUCGGCGAUUAUCUGGGGAAAUGUUGUGUGUGCUCGCUCGACAUCGCUCGCUGCUUCAGGCAACACGCAGUCAACACUCGCCGUCGUUGUAGAUCUCCGAAAAUACCUUCCGCCUCCUUUCCCAUCACCUGAUUACCUUGGUAACCUGGUACUGUCUGCAAUGCCCACCCUAAGCCUUGAAAAUGGUGUACCCGAUCGCAUAAUGUCGCCGCGAGAACAAUCACCUCCUCAUGCUCCAGGUAGUUUUUUUCCGGCCAUGACCGUGGAUCAGCAGAGCUUCUGUCUUGAGGACCUCGCAAUCAAGAUUACAGAUGCUGUGCAUGCUAUAAACGCGACCUGGGCAGUCACCCAAAUCAACAACGUUCUUACUAAUCCCACCGAAGCUCAGCAAUCUCUUCUGAAAUUCCCCAAAGGUCCAGAUCUAUACAUUACUAGCUGGCAAAGGAUGGGUGCCGACCGGGAGUGGUACAUUCCUGGAACUAGCACCCCAAAUGCCACUGCUAUACGGCGAGCGGCCUGGGUCAGCGAGGGUGGUAUCGUGGUUCUACCCAGGGAAGAAGACAAAGAAGGGCAAGAAGGAGAACCGUACGAGAUUAUGCUCAGUCUUACAAAAACCGACAUGGAAAGGUUUGAGGACGGGUUGAAGAGUGGGGGAUGGUUAGUAGAUUUGCCUGCUGGGCUCGACACCAUGGAUAGCAUUAUCCUCCCUACAACUGAGGGAGAUGAGGGAACGGAUGCGAAGCUGCCUGUUGGGCAAGCGAGGGCGUCCUUGUAG